GAUCUGCGUUUCCUCAAAGUAUCGCUCACAUGACUGUUUUUCUCUGGUCGUGAAAACAGCAACGCAGCUCAGUUGUUGUCUCGCCGGCUAUGUUAUAGACACGACAUGACCCGGUUUAUGUUUUAUAUUCUUUUACGUUCAAGCUGCCUUAACCACAAAUCUCUGGUUUAAAACCCUUCACAAGCAGGUUUCCUGGACACCAUGGCUCAGUGACAGAAUUUCACAGACUUGAUAUUUCCCGGGUCAGCCGGGUGCCAUGCCUUUACCAAAUGGCUACUCCAUCAACUCAGCCCCUUCGGAGGAGCGCGAGGACAGUGAGCCCCUUAUCGAGAAUGAUGCAGUUCCUCCUGUGUGCUGCUCGGCUCGCCUCAACCUGGCCUUCCUGAUGUUCUUUGGGUUCUCCAUGGUCUACGGUCUUCGUGUCAACCUGAGUGUUGCUAUGGUAGCCAUGGUGAAUACCACUGAUUCCAAACCAGCCCAGAACAGCUCCAUCACCUCUGCCUGUCCCCUGCCAACAGGGACAGAAAACAGCAGCGACACUUUCCUACAACUUGAGGGGGUCCCCCAGUAUCCUUGGGACUCGGAGACUCAGGGCUGGCUGCUGGGAGCCUUCUUCUUUGGGUACCUGUGCACACAGAUCCCGGGGGGCUACCUGUCUGGUCACUACGGGGGGACCAUCUUCCUGGGUUUGGGUGUGCUGGGCACUGCUGCCCUCACGCUGCUCACCCCUCUGGCUGCCCAGAUGGGGUCGUAUUGGCUGUUUGCACUACGAGCUUUGGAGGGCUUUGGAGAGGGUGUGACAUUCCCAGCCAUGAUGUCCAUGUGGGCUCGGUGGGCUCCUCCUCUGGAGCGCUCUCGCCUUAUGUCCCUGUCGGGAUCUGGGGGCAACUUUGGGGCCUUUGUGGCUCUGCCGCUCACCGGCUACAUCUGCCAAACCUUAGGCUGGCCUGCUGUCUUCUACAUCUGUGGAGGUGCUGGUUGCCUCUGGGCCAUCUUUUGGUUUAUUUUUGUAUCCGAUGACCCUCGCACUCAUCGUCGAAUCAGCAAAGAGGAGAGAGAUUACAUCAUAAACUCCAUCGGACCUCAGGGUACAGGUCAUGGCUGGUCCGUGCCCCUUCUAUCCAUGCUGCUGUCGGUUCCUCUGUGGGCCAUCAUCAUCACCCAGAUGUGUUCAAACUGGUCUUACUACACCCUGCUCACCUCCCUGCCUACCUACAUGAACGUCAUCAUGCACUUUGACCUUAAAUCAAAUGGUUUCCUCUCCGCUCUGCCGUACCUCGGCGGCUGGUUGUUCUCAACACUGUCAGGUGUCGUAGCUGACAGUCUCAUCGAGAGGAGGGUGUUCAGCGUCACUGUUGUACGCAAGCUCUUCACAGUUGCAGGUCUGUUGCCAUCCUCAGCUCUCCUCGUGGGUGUGAGUUACGCUGGCUGCAGCCACAUCCUCACUGUCACCCUCCUCACACUCUCCAGCACCCUAGGAGGGAUCACUGCCUCUGGAGUCUAUAUGAACCAAAUAGACAUCGCUCCGCGGUACGCUGGAUUUCUUUUGGGAAUCACUAACACAUUUGGGACCAUUCCUGGAGUCUUGGCACCCAUAGCUACAGGAUACUUUACUGAGGAUCACACCCUGGCAGGCUGGAGGAAGGUGUUCUGGGUGGCAGCUGGGAUUAAUGCCUGUGGCGCUUUCGUCUUCACCUUAUUUGGCAGCGGGAAGAUCCAGCCGUGGGCCCUCACUGAGGAGGAGAGAGCAGAAGCUGAGAAACAUAGGAGCAGGUCCAUCUCCACAUAAAACAUACAUAGGCAGACAAAUACAUCAGACAAACAAACAAAGAUGGCAAAGACACCACAAACUGACGCAUAGAUUAUAGAAAUAUAUGCAGUACUCACACUUAACAGUUGUGUGAAGAAUGUGAGAGGUGUACCUCCAAUAUUAUCAGCCAAGCAUAGCGUAACAUUCAUAUCAGUGGACCAGGAUAGUUUGAUCAGGAAUAAUUUAAAUGUUUUGGUUUUUGUGGAGUUUUUAUUAAUAAUAUUUUAAAGUUUGCACAUAGGUGAGCAUUUUAACUUAUUGUACAAUAAUUCCAGCAAAAAGAUGAAACAUUACUGAGAUGUUUUAAACAUCGAAAUCUUGAUUUAGGCACAUUUUCAGAGUAGGUUUUCUAAAGGAACAAAAUAACCUCAGCUGGAUAUUCACUGCCUUUACCAGUCAGCAAGCUCUGUUUGCUGUCGUAGAAGGUCACAAAAACAGUAUUUCAGUUACAACUCUUUGUAUUAGACUUAUUUUUACAUUAUAACCAGUGAUUAGUGGAUUACAUGGACUACACAACAGCUCAGGUUAGAUCAAAACAAAUCAAUUUGUAUGAUCUCUUUUUGUAUGUUUUUCUUGAACUGUGAACAAGAUGGGAAGUAUGUUUGUACGUAUGAACCAAGCUUAGGAUUUUUGAAGUGUUAUUAACCACCUGAACAUUGGCUGCUUUACUUACAUCUGUGUCUGUUUUCUGACCACUUGUGGACUGUCCAGCCGGACCAAAAUAAGGAAGCACUUUUCUCAUACAAAAAUACACCAAAAGCCUUACAUUUGAUGACAGUUUUUUUCUGAAAUCAACUUUCCAGAUGUUUUUUAUUCACUUCCAUGGAUUUUGAUAUUUUUUAAGUGCCAUGAGCCAUGAGCCAUGAGAACUAUUUGGAUUUGCAGUGUUUUUAAUCUAACAUCAUCUCUUCAACUACAGUAAUUAUUAUUUUAUAGGAAGCAGAAGUGCAUUGUGCUUGUAAAGCUAUGAUGUUUUAUAAUGGAUGCAAUAACUCAUUUACCUUCUCGGUGCAGCGAAAAUGUGUGAGGUUGUUAAAAAUAUGUUAAAUGUGUUUUACCUAAUGUUUUUUCAUGAAAACAAUCAAGUUUGUUUUAUUAAGAAAAAAACUAAAAUCUGUGGCAUCU